AUGGAAGAUUCAACGGCGGAUUUGAUGGAAGAUUUCCAUGGCGGAUUUGAUGGAAGAUUUCAACGGUGUAUUCGAUGGAAGAUUUCAACGGCGGAUUCGAUGGAAGAUUCAACGGCGGAUUUGAUGGAAGAUUUCAAUGGCGGAUUCGAUGGAAGAUUUCAGCAGUGUAUUCGAUGGAAGAUUUCAACGGUGUAUUCGAUGGAAGAUUUCAACGGCGGAUUUGAUGGAAGAUUUCAAUGGCGGAUUCGAUGGAAGAUUUCAGCAGUGUAUUCGAUGGAAGAUUUCAACGGUGUAUUCGAUGGAAGAUUUGAACAGCGUAUUCGAUGGAAGAUUCAACGGCGGAUUCAAUGGAAGAUUCAACGGCGGAUUUGAUGAAAGAUUUCACCAGUGUAUUCGAUGGAAGAUUCAACGGUGGAUUCGAUGGAAGAUUCAA